AGCGGCAUGGAAGUGGGCGUCGCAUCGUACACAUCCGGGCCGCCCGUGGGCGGCUCGCCGGACCGAGGCCGAGGGUCGCCGCGCGCCAACCUGCACGUGGAGUUCGCGCAGCUGGGCGAGGUGAAGGAGCGGAAGGAGAAGUACCUGACGGCCAAGUACGGCGCGCACCAGAUGUCCCUCAUCCGCAAGCGCCUCGGCGUCGAGAUGUGGAUGUUCGACCAACUGCAGUCGCUCUACCCGACGCCGGAGGGAAAGAACGAGGAGAAGGAACUCGACCUAGACGAACUCCUGGACGUGGACGACGACGUAAAGCGUAGGAAAUUUUUAUGGGAUACUUUAUCCGACUGCAAACAGUCCAAGGAUAAGGUUGAGAAAUUCAUUGAUGAGUUACUGGAGCGAGCAACAACCCUGUAAGGAUUUAGAGACAUAACUCGCGUGUGUCAUGUGUGUUUGUGGCUCCAUCUACAUCCUGGGUUUUAUAGAAGUGAGAGGAAACAAACUUCUGGUUGAUGUCUUACGUGUGCUUUUUGGCGCUUGUAAAGGAGUUGAAUGAUUACAAGUGUUUAAUAGUAGUUUGGAGUGAAUAUAUAACAGGAUGACACUGUGUGAUGUUAACGUCGUCCCCUCAAGACUGUGAUGCAACUCUGGCAAUCUUGAAGAAUACGCUGCCUCGGGUCGAUUCUGAGAAAGCUGGAGCUAGGGUGAACAAGAUUCCCAACGGCAGUCGGAAUGUGUCAGUGCUAGUUAUAUGCAGGUACUUUAUAUAUCUUGGGUACAAUUAUGUCUUAUGAUUCAAUGAGCACAGUUAAUUUGCAUAUGAGAUCCUGUUGAUCGUGAGCCAUCACUGAAUGGUGUUGACUUUAGUACUUUUCUAUUUUCAUUUAACAUGUAACAACCACUUAUUAAUGUCUUGCCUGUUACUUCAUGGAUAAAUUUACAUCAAACUUUAGUAUAGGGAAGGUGGUGUAGGCUGGUAUUAAGAUAGAAAGAAUUACAUAGAUAAUGUAGCUAGUCUUUGGCAUUAACUGAAAAAAAUCUCUCAGUUUACUAAUAUUAAAUACGGUAACAUUUAACAGUCAUAGUAUGUGUGAGAUUUGGAAUCAUUUAAGAAAGCUAUGGUAUAGUUGUUAUAAAACUAAAAGGAUGUUUCAGGGAAAUGCUUCAUUGUUAAUGACAACAAGCUGAAACGAUCUCAAUCUUCUAAUUGAGGUUUGUUUCAAGACUCGUAUUUUGUAAUCCUGUUAAGAAUUUAGUAUUGAUCAGAUUAUAGAGAAAGAAAAGAAAGAAAAAACAUCAAUUCAUCAUGCCCUCAUGGGAUGCGUUGUUGCCAUAAAUGAAGCACUUCUCCAGACUGGUGCUUCUCUGUCAAACAUUAUUUCACCCUCUUAUUGAAAGUUAGUACAAUACACUUUUGUGACUUUAUUUUCACUUUAGAGUGUUUCUAUCUACUUUAGUCCAUAGGCAGUUAUUGAUUACUGAGUUUUAAAGAUAGAUGUACCUCCACCCCCUUCCUACCCCACAGUUUAUUUUUGUCUGACGCUGAAACUCACUUUGUUUAGUUUCACUAAUUACACGUGAAAAUGGUACAUAUUUUGUGCAUUUAAUGUCAUCUGUUUGUUGCAAAUUCUUAUGUUGGCAUCUGCCAGUUUUGGAAAUUCAAUGCAUUAAAUGCUGGACAGUAUUUUUUUCAUUUUUUAUCAUAUAGUCAGAGAGCAAUUCAUCCUGCAAGUAAGUUUCACAUAGGUACGUUUCUCCUGAGUUGCAUUCAGGGCGCCAGGCUGCGUCCCAUAGGCCUGGCUCCCGCGCGCCAGCAGAGCCCAGCACAAACGACUUCAGGUUCCCUUGCCUGCUGCUUGGCCAGAAUUGGAAUAGGCUUGAAAUGCUAUGAGAUUAGCUGAUAUAUAGCAUGUUUAACUGAUAUAUGUCCUUUUCAUAUUUAUAUAGCAAACGAUAGUAGCCUUAUUUCUCUCUCAGUCUAAUACAAGAUCAAAAUCUUUUUUUUUAAUCACUUUUUUCUUUGCUAGGCUUGGCACAUACAGUUGCAAGUUGGAUGUGAAGUGAUAUCAAAAUACAUUCUGAGACUUGAGAUGUCAGUCCAGGUUUUUAUUCCCCUUUUCAUUUUAUAAUAAUAGGGAAAAGAGCUUUGUUGACAUCACGCUGAAGUCUUAGAGUUCGAGAACCUAUUUCCAGCAAAACUUAUUUCUUGCCCAGAGCAGAGUCUCAUUUCGAAGACAUGUUGAAUGAAUUGCAGGAUCUAGUAGGUCUUUCUUUAAGGAUUAAGUAAUAUAAUUGUGUAUCAGGUUAGAUGUGAAAUCAUUUUUAUGUUGUGAUGUGCGGACACGAGUGUUUGAAAAGAUAAAACAAAAACACUGAUGUAAGGAUCUCAUAUUUGCCUCAAAGAUUACUACAUGUGCAAAUGUUUUUCUUUAUUAUUUGGUCAUAUAUUGAUGGAAUUAUCACUUGCCUUGGGAUCAAUAAGUGUAAGAUCAUUUUAAAUUAAACCAUUUCCUCCUUUAUUACCGUCUUUUGUGGAUAUUCUGCCUCUUUUUCUUUCCUGAUUGUGGACAAUAAUUAUAUUUUUCUUAUGACAAUAAUAUCUAAAUACUUGCCUUUUUUAAUACUUCAACUUUAAUUUUGAGGCAUGCAAUAUUUGUGGUUUCAUUUUUAUAGUAUUUUUUUUAUUGUCAUAUUUUUUGUUUGAAUUUUUUUAAGGAAAUGUUUGAAAAUAUCUACCAUAUGCAUGAACAAUGUUGCAUUGAAAUACGGGUGUCCAGCCCCAGUGUUUGAGAGACAAUAAAGGUAAAUAAAUGUC